AUGUCGCAUUAUAAAAUCCUCGGGGUCCCUCGAAAUGCGUCGGUAGCCGCAAUUCGUGCCGCAUAUCUUCAGAAGGCUAAACGUUACCAUCCAGAUGUCAACCAAUCGCCCCAAGCCGAUAAGCUUUUUAAAGCUGUACAGGAAGCUUACCAAGUUUUAACCGAGGAUGCAAAAAGAGGGAAUUUCAGCCACCCCGAGCCAGAAGCUCCUGAGGGAGUAACAACGAAGAAGAAGAAAAAAUCAAAAUUUAAGGGAAAAGUUUACAAUCCAGAACAAGAACGCGCUGAUUUUGAAAAAGAAUUCUAUCAACAGGCUGAAGCUCUAAGGAAGGAGAUGGAGGUGAGAAGUCGAACAUGGAUGAUAUUUGAUUUAAAAAUUUCAGCAAGAUCUUCCAGAAGUCGAGUUUAUUGA